GGGUAGCCCCCCCAAUGGAAUCCUCCCGGGAGCCGAGCAGGCGCGUGCGUGUGCGGCCCCCACCAUCCCCCGGCCUCCGUCCCUGUGCCCGGACUCCGUCAGUCGGCGCCGCUGCUGCAGAGCUGUCCCGGGGCCGGGCCGGGGCUGGAGGGAAGCAGGGCCCGCCGGGGUCCGCGGGAGGCGGGGGCGCCGGGGCCCCUGGAUGUCCCGGAGUGCGGCGGCAGCCCCCGAGAGGAGCGGAGCGAGCGCACCCAGCUGUUGUGGAGGCGACUCCGUAAGGGCCCCACCCGCGGACAAUGCGGGCCAGCCUCCCCCCCACCCCAAUCCGGUCUGAUCCGAUCCGACCCGACCCGGGAGGCCCAUGGACAGGAGGGACCAGAGACGUCUCCCUGUCACCUGUCACCUUCAGCAUCACUAGCCCCCUGCCCUCGAAGCCAGCUGUGCUGGACGGAUGUCUCCGCCUGCUCUUGGGUGCCCUGUGUGAUCGUCCUGGGGAAAGGCCCAGGAGGGCCGAUCAGCGUUUGUCCUCAGCCCCUCCUCGCCUGGCCCUGGGGCCCCCCCAAACCUUCAGGACGGAGCCCGACGGCGCUGGCACCAUGAACAAGCUGCGUCAGAGCCUACGGCGCAGGAAGCCAGCCUAUGUCCCUGAGGCUUCCCGCCCGCACCAAUGGCAGGCCGAUGAGGAUGCUGUUCGGAAGGGCAAGUGCAGCUUCCCAGUCAGGUACCUUGGCCACGUAGAGGUGGAAGAGUCCCGAGGCAUGCACGUGUGUGAAGAUGCCGUGAAGAAACUGAAGGCGACUGGGAGGAAAUCCGUGAAAUCUGUGCUGUGGGUGUCGGCAGAUGGGCUACGUGUGGUGGAUGACAAAACCAAGGACCUGCUGGUGGAUCAGACCAUCGAGAAAGUCUCAUUCUGUGCCCCCGACCGAAACCUAGACAAAGCCUUCUCCUACAUUUGCAGGGAUGGCACCACCCGACGCUGGAUAUGCCACUGCUUCCUGGCACUCAAGGACUCGGGUGAGCGGCUGAGCCACGCUGUGGGGUGUGCCUUUGCUGCCUGCCUGGAGAGGAAGCAGAGGAGGGAGAAGGAGUGUGGGGUCACAGCUGCCUUUGAUGCCAGCCGCACCAGCUUUGCCCGGGAGGGCUCCUUCCGCCUCACUGGGGGUAGCCGGCCCACUGAGCGGCAGCUACCAGAGAAGAAGAAAGCGGAGGCAGCCGCCGUGCCCGCCGUGCCCACCCCAGGCCCUGCCCAGCCAGGUCACAUGUCCCCAACCCCUGCGGCCACAUCACCCGGGGAGAAGGGAGAAGCAGGUGCGCCAGGGCCAGCUCCUCCGGGCCCCGCGGCCGCUGCCAUCCCUCGGCGCCACGCGCCCCUGGAGCAGCUGGUGCGCCAGGGCUCCUUCCGGGGCUUCCCUGCCCUCAGUCAGAAGAACUCGCCCUUCAAAAGGCAGCUGUCUCUGAGGCUCAAUGAGUUGCCCUCCACCCUCCAGCGGCGCACGGACUUCCAGGUGAAAGGCACAGUGCUGGAGAUGGAGCCCCCAGGGGCCAGUGACAGCGACGGCAUCAAUGCCCUGUGCACACAGAUCAGCUCCUCCUUUGCCAAUACGGGUGCCCCUUUGCCGGGGCCCCAGCCCUCAGCUGCAGGGACCUCCACCUGGACGGAGCCAGCUCUGCCCGCACCACCAUCGGGGCACAAGAGGACACCUUCGGAGGCGGAGCGGUGGUUGGAGGAGGUGGCCCAGGUGGCGAAGGCUCAAAGGCAGCAGCAGCAGCAGCAGCAGCAGCAGCAGCAGCAGCAGCAGCGGCUGCCAGGGCCCAGGCCCCCUGCUGCACCCGCCUCCUUGCCGCCGGCUCUCCAGCCCUUCCCCGCUGCGCCUGCCCCCAUGGCGGUUUUCCUGCCCGCCCCCCACAUGCAGCCUGCCUUUGUGCCCACCUAUCCAGGCCUGGGCUACCAACCGGUGCCCCAGGUGCCCGUGGUGGGCAUCACACCUUCCCAGAUGGUUGCCAAUGCUUUCUGCUCCGCUGCUGCCCCCUCGGCCACCCAGCUCCAGCCUUCGGCCCUGGCUGGGAAGGCUGCCCCCUGCCCCCCACCGCCACCCCCUCGACCCAAUGGGGCCCCCUGGCCUCCUGAGCCUGGACCACCCCCAGCCCCAGAGGCGGACCGCUUCGAGGCUCAGUGGGCAGCACUGGAGGGGAAGCCCCAGUCUGAGCGGCCAUCAAACCCUUUUUCCGGAGACCUCCAUAAGACUUUUGAGAUUGAGCUGUAGCCUGGGGGCCUAAGCCUGUGGGCACCCUUCUGUCCAGCCCAAGUAUCUCUGUACAUCUCCCCCCUCCAUCUGCCCAGCUCCAUGUUCCCUGGGGCUGAACCUCCCACCCUCGUCCUCUCCUCUCCCUUCUACCCACAUUUGUCCAAAGGGAAGAGUUCAUAUUCGGGUCUUGGGUGGCAAAGGGGGGGGUGUAAUUCAGGGAUGGACCCAUGUCACUGCCCCUUAGAACACAAAAUUGGCCUAGCACUGCCCUCCUUCCUUCUCUUCUGAUGUCCUGGGGGAACAGGGGCUGUGUCUCUCCUCUCCCUGUCCCCCCCUCACAAGUAAGAGUUAUUUUCUUCUGUCUGCUCCCCUGGCCUGGGGGUGGAGGGAUGGUGUGUGAGGGGAAAGAUGCCUGCCCCUGGGGUCCAUGCCUGAGCACAAGACAAGGGGCUCCCCCCCCAGCCCAGCCUGCUGCCACUGCCAAUGCCCAGGGGACAUCCAGGCCUCCCCCUCUUGCCCAGGGCUGGGGGUGAGGGAGAGGGAGAAGUGAAGCGAGUAUGGGGCCUGCACAGAGCCUGGGCGGGUUCGGGGAAAGCUGCUCAGUUACCUCACUUCUGUGCCCGCCUCUGAGGCAAGAGGGGAGCAGGGAAUGGAUGCCCGGCGGGCACAGGGGCUGCGCCCAUCACCGCCUGGACUUUUCUAUCUUUUAUCUCCAGAUUUUUUUUUUAUCUAAACCUGCAGAUUUGUAUUAUACAAUGAGAGCCAAUAAAGGAGGAAUAUAAAGAA